CUCCUGCCGCACGCUCCUCCAGGACGCUGAAAGAAGGAACGCGCGGGUAAUUUCGAGUCCGGCGGGGCGGGAGAAAUAAAAGUUUGGGUAAUUCUAGCUGAACGUGAUGUCUUUCCCGGUGACUGAAUUGCGGUGGCCCAAGCACCUUCUCCCGCUGAAAGAAGUUGAUAACUUGUUGCGUUGUGGGAUAUGCUUUGAUUACUUCAACACUGCGAUGAUAAUUCCACAGUGUUCACAUAAUUAUUGUUCUCUCUGUAUUCGCAAGUCGCUGUCCUAUAAACCUCAGUGCCCUAUAUGCUGUAUGGUAGCCACAGGACCUGACUUGAAAAAUAACCGGAUAUUAGAUGAGCUGGUACACAACUUUGUUUCUGCAAGACAGCGGCUGUUCCAGGCAGUUUUGGAUUCUCCAUCAAUUUCUUCUCCAACUCUGUUACCUAAGAAAGCUCCCCCCCAAGACCACAUUUUGAACUCUCCAGACGGAUUUUUUUUAAAUCAGAAAAAGCAUUGUGCAGAUACCUUUCAAGUCAACGAAAAGAGACAUUUAAUAUCAGCUGACAAAGACAAAAAUAUUAAAAUAAAGCAAGAGGAGAAUCCCUGUAGCUCAGAACUUUGUUCUGAGGCAGGUGGUAAAGUAGCAAAUACAGCUCCCACUGGAGGUAUCAAAAACUCUGAAAUGCCUUCCACAUCUGCAACAAAAUUUGUUACAAAAGUGGAGUGUCCUGUCUGUGGGGUUCCUGUUCAAGAACUACAUAUAAAUAACCACCUUGAUAGUUGCCUGACAAGAGAUGAGAAGAAAGACAGUCUCCGAAGUUCUGGACAAAAAAGAAAGUUACUGCCGAAACUAGUUUACAGCUUACUUUCUGACCGUGACCUGAGGAAAAGACUGAAAGAACAUGGAUUGUCUACCCAUGGAACAAAACAACAGCUUAUUAAAAGACACCAAGAAUUUGUCCACAUGUAUAAUUCAGAGUGUGAUUCUCUAAAUCCUAAAUCAGUUGCGGAAAUAGUGAAAGAAUUGGAAAAUAUUGAAAAGACUCAAGCACAACUUGAUGCCAGUAAACCUAAAGAAGAUAAUAUGGUAUUUACAAAGCACCAAACAGAGAAUGAAAUAGAUGAAAUUCAUAGAGAUUAUCGAAAGAAACACAAAGCUGAAUAUCAGCUUUUAAUUGAUCAAAUGAAAAAACGAAAGAAAAACACAAGCAAAGAACAGAUGAAGGAAGAAAGACCAGAGCAGAAAGAAGAAAGACCAGAGCAGAAAGAAGCAAUUACUGAAAGUGGAGAAAAAUUAAGGGUUCAAGAGCAAAGUGAUCAGGCCUCUGUCAGCAACCAUUCCCCCGAAACAGAAGCUGCAGCCUGGGAAGAAAACCUCUCUCUUUUUGCUGCCUGUCAGUCCUCUGCAUCUUCAAACAGCUCAAGUUCGGACAUCAUAAGAGAUUUAGAAAUAGAUGGGAUGUGUUCAAACUCAUCAGAUAAGGAGUAUCCAUAACAUUAUCAACACUUCAAGAGAAGGAUUAUCCAGUGAUUUGUAUGAAAAAGAAGUGUGAAAACGACCAAACAAAAAUCACAACAUUCUAGGAGCAGCCUACCAAUAUCCAAGAGUAAGCGAAAAAGAAAGUAGCUGACAUUUUAUUUUGUGACAAAAAUUUCCAAAAUGGCUUUACUUCUAAAAUUUUAGAAGCAUAUCUAGGCUCAAGUUCCAUUCCCAGCAUUCUUCACAAUAAAACUACUUUUCCUGUUAAUAGCUGUAUAUUUAAGCGGUAAGAAAGUACUGUAUUACAUUCAGAAUGUAAGGUAUUAGAAUAUAUGCUGUUUUACUAGUCAUAACUGAUAAUCUCUAUGUAUAAUGGACUGCAAUUAUUAACGUCUUCAGGAUAUCAUUCU